CUACUUUUAGUACCAAAAUCCCAUCCCUAAGCUCGGCCUCCUUAUUAUAUUCUCCAUGGAAGCAACUAAGGAACUCUUUUCUCAGUUCGACAAUAUAUAGUUGCCGGUACAAUGUACGGAAAGUUCUCACAUCGCUUUUGGUUAAAUGAUUAGUUAAUUCGAUAUAAAAAGUAAAAGUAGUAAAAUAAAAUUGUUAAAAAUGGGUCAACACGUUUCAAGAACAGACUUUGAAUGGGUAUUUACGGAAGAACCACAUGCGAGUCGACGAAAAAUAAUUUUAGAAAAAUAUCCACAGAUAAAAAAACUUUUUGGUUAUGAUCCUAAUUUUAAAUGGGUAGUAACAGGAAUGGUAUUGGUCCAGUUUGCAUCAAUGUUUAUUGUCAAAAAUUUGAAUUAUCCAAUGUUAUUUUUAUUGGCUUAUUGUUUUGGUGGAGUAAUCAAUCAUUCAUUAAUGUUAGCUAUUCAUGAAAUUGCUCAUAAUCUUGCCUUUGGCCACUCGAAACCGUUGGCUAAUAAAUUAUUUGGAUUCUUUGCAAAUUUGCCGAUCGGAAUACCAAUUUCAAUCAGCUUUAAAAAAUAUCACCUGGAACAUCAUCGAUAUCAAGGAGAUGAGUACCUAGAUACUGACUUGCCUACAUUGCUAGAAGCCAAACUAUUUUGUACGACAUUUGGAAAAUUUUGUUGGGUUGUACUACAACCAUUUUUUUAUUCAUUUAGGCCUUUAAUAACAUAUCCGAAAGCGCCAACACAAAUGGAGUAUAUUAAUUUAGUUAUUCAACUAAUAUUUGAUGCUCUAGUAUGGUACUUUUUCGGUGGCAAAGUCUUAUUAUAUUUUAUUGUUGGUGGUUUAAUGGCUAUGGGAUUACAUCCAGUAGCUGGACAUUUUAUUUCUGAACAUUACAUGUACAGAAAAGGUUAUGAAACCUAUAGUUAUUAUGGCCCGCUUAACUUUAUUACAUUCAAUGUAGGUUAUCAUAAUGAACAUCAUGAUUUUCCUGCUGUACCAGGAUCUCGACUACCAGAAGUUAAAAGAAUAGCAGCAGAAUUUUACGACAAUCUACCUCAGCAUCAUUCUUGGACCGCUGUCCUCUACGAUUUUAUUAUGGAUCCUGAUAUAGGACCUUAUGCACGGAUGAAACGUAAACAUAGAGGUCUUAAGUCAUAAAUUCUAAUAUAUUUUGACAGUAUACAUACCAAGCAAUAUUAUUUACAAAAUGCAACAAUAUUUCUUCCAAACUUGUACAUUUCAAUGCCUUUUAUGUAUUGCAUUCUAGUUGAAUCAACUAAUUUUAUCUGUACAAUGAAUUUUCUACGAAUCAAUUAUCUGUUAAUUGUUAUUUAUCGUUUUUAACUACUCUAAGUUGUAACGAUUUGCUAUGCACAUAUUUGUCUAGUCUUUAAACUAUCUUCCGAUGAUGUUUUUUUUAAAUUAAGAAUUAAUUUUAAUUAUACAUCAGAUGAUAUCUUUCUUCAAUAGUACAAGUAUCAUGUUUAAGAUGUCAAUUAUAAAAUAUCUUGACUCAGGUUCACGCAACAAACUAUUUCUAAAAUAAUUUGACAAUUUAGUUAAUACUAUGCCACAAGUUUUGGAAUAUUAUGUUACUUCCAUUAUAAUACUUAU